AUGGCCCCCAGGGCAGUGCUUUGGGGGCUCUUGGGGGUUCUCUCCGUGGCAGCCGUGACGGCUUCCGAAACAGAGGGGCGUUUGCUGAAUGCGCUGUUCCAGAACUACAGUGCGACCGUGCGCCCGGCCCACAGCAUCAGUGACAAGGUUCCCGUACGGAUCGGGAUGUCCCUCUCACAGCUCAUCAGCGUGGAUGAAAAAAAUGAACAACUGACAACAAAGGUUUAUAUGGAUCUGACAUGGACAGACUACCGCCUCACCUGGGACCCUGCCGAUUAUGAGGGCAUCACCUCCGUCAGGAUUUUUUCCAACCGAGUCUGGCUCCCAGAUAUAGUGCUCAUGAACAAUAACGAUGGUGGUUUUGACAUUUCUCUGAUGGUGAACGUCUUGGUGAGCAGCAAGGGGAUCGUCCAGUGGCAGCCGCCAGCUGUUUACCGGAGUAGCUGCAUUAUCCAGGUCACCUACUUCCCCUUUGACUGGCAAAACUGCACCAUGACCUUCCGCUCGUACACCUACGACUCCUCGGAGGUCACCCUCCUGCACCCGCUGAAGGAGGACGGGGAAGAGCUGAAGGAGAUUGUCAUCUACGAGAACACCUUUAUCGACAAUGGGCAGUGGGAGAUCCAGCACAAGCCAGCCCGCAAGAACACCCUCCCCGGAGACCCCCUGUACGAGGACAUCACCUUCUACCUGAUCAUCAGCCGGAAGCCUCUCUUCUACCUGAUCAACGUCAUCAUCCCUUGCGUCUUAAUCACUAUCCUGGCCAUCUUUGUCUUCUACCUGCCCCCAGACGCAGGGGAGAAAAUGACUCUCUCCAUCUUCGCCCUCCUCACCCUGACGGUGUUUCUUCUCCUGCUGGCUGAUAAAGUCCCGGAGACGUCUUUGGCAGUACCCAUCAUCGUCAAAUACCUCAUGUUCACCAUGAUCCUGGUCACCUUCUCUGUCAUCCUCAGUGUGGUAGACCUGAACCUGCACCAUCGCUCUCCCAACACCCAUGAGAUGCCUUUCUGGGUGAGGCAGAUUUUUAUCCACAAACUUCCUCGGUAUUUGGGGCUGCGUCGUCCAAAGCCAGAACCCACCCUCAAACCCAUCCCCCUCCCCCCCAAACAGGAACCCGCGGUGAAAAGCAACCGCCGUGUGGACGAGUAUUUCCUCCGCACACCUGCCUAUGAUUUCCUCUUCCCCAAGCCUAACAGGUUUCAGCCAGAGGUGUUCUCCACAGAUAUGAAGAAAUUCAUCGAGGGCCCCAGCCACUGCCUCGCCCUGCCCCCGGACCUGAAGUCCGCCAUGGAGGCGGUCAUGUAUAUUGCGGAGCAGCUGCAGGAGCAAGAGGAUUACGAUGCGCUGAAGGAGGACUGGGAAUACGUGGCCAUCGUCGUGGACCGCCUUUUCUUCUGGACCUUCAUCGUCUUCACCACCGUGGGCACCCUCACAAUCUUCCUAGACGCCAGCUUUCACCUCCCCCCCGACAACCCCUUUCCCUGA